AUGCCCAUCGAAUCCAAAACCUACAUCCUCCCGCCAACUCCUCGCAUCCCCAACUCCCCACACCCCCUCAUCCACUACCCAGGAUUACUCACAGACUUGGUAAAAGAUGCAUCUUUCACCCCCACCCAAAUCUUCGACCUCUUCCUCUCGCACGGCUGGCAAACACAAUGGAUCGCGCGCUACGGCCCGGACAUCCAAUCACACUACCACUCGACCACGCACGAAUGCAUGGCCGUAAUAUCCGGCGGCAGCGCAACCAUACGCUUCGGGGUCGCUGAUCAACCGGACUGGAAGCACGGAUUACUGGGGAUUGGCGAACGGGGCGCGGGGGAGGAAGGGGGCUUAGAUAUCAACGCGAAUGUAGGCGAUGUGUUCAUCAUCCCCGCGGGUGUGAGUCACAAGUGUUUCGCACCGAGUCCAAAUAAGCGGCCGUUGGAGUUUCGCCAGCCCGAGGAUGUUGAGAGGGGGAAAGCGAGGGAGGCGUUGGAUGAGGAGGGUGUGGCGCGGCAUAGAGCGUUUUUUGGGGGGGUAGGCGUCGAAGGCGAGUUUAUGAUGAUGGGCGCGUAUCCAAAGGGUGGGGUUUGGGAUUUUAAGGUUGGGGGGGAGCAUGAGGGCAGGGAGAGGGGGGUUUGGGAUGUUCCUGUGCCUGCAGAAGAUCCAGUUUUGGGAGGGAGUAAGGAGGGGUUGAGAGGGUUGUGGAAUUGUUGA